AUGGUGGGUCCGGGUCGCCCGCAGUUCGUUCUAUUCGGGUCAUCCAUAGUUCAGAUGAGCUACAACGUUGGUGGCUGGGGUUCCAUUUUUGCCGACCUCUACACUCGAAAGGCUGAUGUGGUACUAAGAGGAUACGCUGGUUGGAACACGAGGAUGGCUCUCGAAAUCUUUGAAAUAGUCUUUCCCAAGGAUGCAGCUAUUCAGCCUUCUCUGGUUAUAUUAUAUUUUGGUGGUAAUGAUGCAACAAAUCCGCAUCCAAGCGGACUUGGUUCCCAUGUGCCUCUUCCCGAAUAUAUCAAGAACAUGAAAAAGAUGAUUGUUCAUAUAAAGAGUCUUUCUGAUGAGACACGGAUAAUAUGUCUGACAUCGCCUCCUGUGAACGAAGCGAAAGUUCGUGAAAUAUUUGGUGACGGGCUCGAUGAUCAAGUCCGAACGAACGAGAGCUGUCGUGUAUAUUCAGAAGCUUUGGUAGAUUUGUGCAUGGAAAUGGAUGUUGAGGCCAUCAAUCUCUGGACAGCAAUUCAAGAAAGAGAUGAUUGGGCCAAUGCUUGCUUCAUAGAUGGAAUCCACUUGUCGGCUGAAGGUUCGAAGAUUGUGGUGAAGGAGAUACUUAAGGUUCUCAAGAAAAUCGAUCGGGAGUCAAGUCUCUAUUGGUUGAAGAUGACUGCUGAAUUUUCCGAGGAUUCGCCUUACUAUGUGGUUGAUCCUAGUGGUUCAACAACUGUCAAUGUGAGUAGCCAUAUUUCAACUUGGCAAAGGGAAUGGCUUGACAUUUAG